GACUCCCUCAUAGCAUAGCAGCUUCAUCGUCUCACGCAACGCUCGCAACUCUCGCACCGCUCGCACAGCAAUGAAGUUCGCGCAAAAGGCCCUCUUGGCCGCCCUCUCGAGCGCAGCCCUCGUCGCAGGGUCUGAGGCCCCCUCGGACGUCCUCGACCUCACCGAGUCGUCGUUCAACUCCGUCGUUGACCCCGAGCCGCUCAUGCUCGUAGAGUUCUUUGCUCCGUGGUGCGGCCACUGCCAGGCUCUCAAGCCCCACUAUGAAGAGGCAGCCACGACGCUCAAGGACGAGGGCAUCAAGCUGGCAAAGGUGGACUGCACCGUCGAGGAGAAGGUGUGCUCUGACCAGCAAGUCGGCGGCUACCCCACCUUGAAGGUCUUCCGCAACGGCUCACCCUCCGACUAUGCCGGCACGCGCAAGGCGGACGGCAUCAUCUCGUAUAUGCAGAAGCAGGCCCUGCCUGCCGUCUCCCAUGUAACUUCGGCCAACCUGAGCGACUUUAAGCAAAAGGACAAGGUCGUGGCGGUGGCAUUCCUGAGCGAUGGCGACUCCGCUGAGCGCAAAGUGUACACCGAGCUGGCUGAUGCGAACCGCGACGACUACAUGUUUGGGCUCGUGACCGAUGCCGAGGCUGCCAAGGCUGCGGGCGUGACUGCCCCCGCCGUGGUCCUCUACCGCAAGUUCGACGAGCCCGAGGUCAAGUACGACGGCGAGUUCAAUGGCGAGGACAUCAAGGCUUUCCUCGCUGCAGAGCGCGUGCCGCUUAUCGACGAGGUUGGGCCGGAGAACUUUAUGACCUACUUCGAGUCGGGCCUGCCUCUCGCCUACUACUUUACUGAGCCUGAGGCCGAGAACCUGGACACUGUGCUUGCUGGCCUCAAGCCGCUGGCCAAGGAGCACAAGGGGAAGAUGAACUUUGUCUGGAUCGAUGCGGUGAAGUUUGUCAACCACGCCAAGGGGCUCAACCUGCGCGGCGAGUCGUGGCCCUCGUUUGCCAUCCAGGACAUCCAAGGCUCGACCAAGUACCCCGUCGACGACUUGGGCAAGGACCCGGUCCAGUCGAUUCACGACUUUACGACCCAGUACCUCGCUGGCAAGCUCAAGCCCAGCAUCAAGAGCGAGCCCGUCCCCAAGGAGCAGGACGGGCCCGUCCACGUCCUCGUUGCCGACGAGUUUGACCUCAUCUUUGACGAGAAGAAGGACGUCCUCGUCGAGUUCUACGCGCCGUGGUGCGGCCACUGCAAGAAGCUGGCCCCAACGUACGACACGCUCGGCGAGAAGUACGCCGCACACAAGGACAAGGUCAUGGUUGCCAAGAUGGACGCUACGGCCAAUGAUGUGCCGCCCAGCGCUGGGUUCCAGGUGCAGUCUUUCCCGACGAUCAAGUUCAAGCCGGCGGGUAGCAAGGCGUUUGUCGACUUUGAGGGGGACCGCUCGCUGGAGAGCUUCAUCGAUUUCAUCUCGCUGAACGGGAAGAGUGGCGUGAAGGUCAGCGCCGAGGCGAACGACAGCGGUGCGGCCCCGGUGGCGGAGAAGGCGCCAUCGCACGAGGAGCUGUGAGCGCGUGACCAGGGGUCAGCGCUGGUCAGGGGCGCCCAUGCAGAGCCGUGCCUGCCCACACCGAGUCUCUCCUAUCUCUUUUGCUCUCUGCGAUGCCAUGAAUUCUAUUUUUCCAC